UGGGAUUACGGGGUCCCCCAAACUGUCAUGGCGUCCUAAGAAGAUGGCGACUGCCAUACAACAGGCUUUCCUGGAGUAUCUAAUAAUUUAAAUUCAAGGCAUUUCAGACAUAGCUAGUGACUGAGGGCCAAGAGAACAGUGGACUGCCAGGGGCCAGCGGUUUUUAGGCCAUCAAUCACCCCCACAGAGCUGAUAAAAUGGAGUGUGCAGUUGACACUCAGCCAGGCGGGGACGAUGCUGCAGAGCAAGAACAUACUCUGGAGGAAACAUCUGCAAAGGAAGGAAGUGAGACACCGCAGAAGAAGAACAAGAAGCACAAAAAACACAAGAGCAAGAAGAAGAAGAAGAAACGUGGCAAGGGAGAGCGAGAGACAAGCUCAGAGUCGGCCGCAGAGUCCGACGUAGAAAAGCCGGCAAUCAGAACCAGAGCAGGCUUGAGGAGUGCUGGCCCAGUGGCCUCCGAUACAGGAGUAGACACGAAAGAGGAGGCAACAAAGGACUUGAUCACAGCUAUACCUGAGGUAGAAGGUGAUGCUAAAGCCAGAAAACACAAAAGACAUGCUGGGAAAAAGAAGAGAAAAAGGAGGAGAAAAGGGGAAGAAAAGCAGGAGAAGAACUCUUCUUCACACUCCCUAUCAGAGAGCGAAUCUAUGUCAGGAACAGAUUCUGAGUCUGAGGGGAAGCCAGCUGGCAUGGUAGUGCAGGCUGUUCCCAUGCAGUCUAAGGCCAGGCAAGAGGAGAGAGUUCCCUCCCUAUGCAUAACUUUGGCCCAAAAAGAGGAAUCUCUGAAAGUGAUGUGUCAACCCUCAGAUAAUGAGUCUGCAGAUGCAGGAGGAAAGGCAGAAGAGAAGGUUCCACCUGCUAACAGGGAGAACCAAACCAUUUCUGUCAUAAAGCCGGAAGAUCCACGGAGCGACGGGAGCUUCAGCCACAGCCAGGAGCUUCCUGACAUCAUCCCCAAGCAGGAUGGCCAGAAGGAGGAAACCAACCCAGAGCAGAGGUCAAAGGUGAAGAACAAGGCUCCCUCCAGGUCAAGGUCAGGGUCGCUGACAGACACUAAGCUGGCUAGAUCGAGUCUUAGUCGUUCGCCAAGCCCGAAGCGGUCCAGAUCAAGUCGCAGUCGUUCACGAAGCCCCGCGCGAUUGUCUGGUCAGCCUGUGUCUGGCAGGGGCAGGUCUCGAUCUGGCUCAAAAAGCAUGACUCCCAAGAGGAAGCAGUCCAAGUCCCCCAAAAGGACAAGACGCAAGUCCCCUUCUCUGUCCCCCAGGAGAGGACGCAAAUCCCCUUCUCUGUCCCCCAGGAGAGGACGCAAGUCCCCUUCUCUGUCCCCCAGGAGAGGACGCAAGUCCCCUUCUCUGUCCCCCAGGAGAGGACGCAAGUCCCCUUCUCUGUCCCCCAGGAGAGGACGCAAGUCCCCUUCUCUGUCCCCCAGGAGAGGACGCAAGUCCCCUUCUCUGUCCCCCAGGAGAGGACGCAAGUCCCCUUCUCUGUCCCCCAGGAGAGGACGCAAGUCCCCUUCUCUGUCCCCCAGGAGAGGACGCAUGUCCCCCAAGAGGGGAUGCAAGUCCCCUUCUCUGUCCCCUAAGAGACGACGUAUGUCUCCUCUGUCCCCCAGGAGAGGACGCAAGUCAUCUCCUCUGUCCCCUUGGAGAGGACGCAAGUCUCCUUCUGUGUCCCCUAGACGAGGGCGCAAGUUGUCUCCUCUGUCCCCUAGACGAGGGCGCAAGUUGUCUCCUCUGUCCCCUAGACGAGGGCGCAAGUUGUCUCCUCUGUCCCCUAGACGAGGGCGCAAGUUGUCUCCUCUGUCCCCUAGACGAGGGCGCAAGUUGUCUCCUCUGUCCCCUAGACGAGGGCGCAAGUUGUCUCCUCUGUCCCCUAGACGAGGGCGCAAGUUGUCUCCUCUGUCCCCUAGACGAGGGCGCAAGUUGUCUCCUUCUCUGUCCCCUAGACGAGGGCGCAAGUUGUCUCCUUCUCUGUCCCCUAGACGAGGGCGCAAGUUGUCCCCUUCUCUGUCCCCUAGGAGAGGGCGCAAGUUGUCCCCUUCUCUGUCCCCUAGGAGAGGGCGCAAGUUGUCCCCUUCUCUGUCCCCUAGGAGAGGGCGCAAGUCCUCUCCUUUGUCCCCUAGGAGAGGCCGCAAGUCUCUGUCUAAAUCCCCUAGGAGAGGACGCAAACUGUCUCCAUCUCCCAGACGAGGGCGGCGGUCUGAGUCCAGGUCACAUGGCUGUGUCAGAAGGUCGAGGACCAGAACCCCCCCCCCUCGUCGAGGUAGGCGUCCGUGGUCCCGCUCGCCUGUGAGGCAGACUCGCCGUUCACGCUCCAGAUCUAGACGGCUCCAUCGCUCCCGGUCCAUGAGGAGAGGACGGCAUUCCCAGAGCAGCUCCCCGUCUCGCAGAAAGAGGUCCCCCCCAAGGACACGACGGUCCCGGUCUCCGGUCAGGAGAGGCAGGCGAACUCGUUCCCGCUCCGUCGUGAUCCUGAAGAGGAACAGGAAAGGCUCACGGUCCAAAUCCCCACGGGGCAAGGACAACAAGUCCCGCUCCCGGAGCCGCAGGAUAUCCAGGUCACCAGUCAAGAAAAUACGUUCUAGAUCACCGAAGCGGAGCAGGACAAAGUCCAGAUCCCCAGGACGCAGUAAACCAUCAACAUCACGAUCCCUAUCGCCGCGUAACCAGUCCAAGUCUCAUCCUAAAUCCAAAUCCCAGAAAAUAAACAAGCGUUCAAUGUCAAAAUCACCCAUCAGCGACAAAUCCAAGUCUGUCUCAAGCGACAGGCAAUCUGAGAGCGUAUCCCCAGAACGCUCAAGAUCCAGGUCUACUGCCAAGGACCUAAAGUCUCCAAAAAUGGCUGACAAGCAUACUGCAGACACGACUGUGAAUAAUGAAGCGUCGACUAAGCCUGUUGGGGAAGCUGCAGCAGAGCCCUGGAAGCCCUUCACUUUGGCUGCUGCCUCCAGAUCUACCACACAGGGUAAGCCAGUGGCUGGGCAUGCUGAAGAGAGAACCUCUGAGAUUCCAUCUGAAGACCAUGACUCCGCAGAAGAAGAGCCAAAGGUGGCAAGAAGCCCAACAAGCUCCUCUGAAGAAGAGCCAGAUGAGCAUGCUACCUCCAGGUCUGUUUCACCAGAGACUGUUCCUGCUGAUCGCCGCUCCAGGUCCUCACCUUCUAAAUCUCCCAUUAAGAAGACAUUUUCAAAACAACGGCAGUCCUCAACGUCAGCGUCUCCUACUAGGAAGUCCCGAUCACCUGCCGGUAGGAAGAUGUCCACCUCUCCCUCAUGGAGGUGCUCCCGGUCCAAGUCCAUCUCUCCCUCUCAGUCCAAGUCUGCCUCCAGAAGGAGACGUUCCAAGUCCCCAGCCAGGAAAAGGAAGUCUGUCUCCCCGCCUACCAAACGGAAGAAGAGGUCUAAGUCCAGAAGUCCGGCCCGGCGCAGGAGAUCACGGUCUAAGUCACCGGUACGGCGCAGGAAGUCACGUUCCAAGUCCAGAACCAGGACCAAGCGCUCGAAGUCCCGCUCCCCGGCCAGAAGGAAGAGGUCCAAGUCCGCAGACAGGAGCAAACGCUCCAAGUCUCGCUCUCCAGGCCGGAGGAGAAGGUCCCGCUCCGGGUCGCGACGGCGUCGGCCCGUCAUGCGGAAUCGCUCGUUUGACCGGCGCGACCGAUGGAAACGGGAACCAAGCCACUCCCCAAUCCUCAUCCUCCGCAAGCGCCGUUCCACAUCUCGAGGCCGCCGCAGUGCCAGCAAGACCCCUCCUCGUCUCACUGAGCUGGACAAAGACCAGCUCCUGGAGAUAGCGAAGGCCAAUGCAGCAGCCAUGUGUGCUAAAGCAGGUGUGCCCAUCCCAGAGAGUCUGAGACCCAAGGCCAUCCUCCAGCUGCCCCUGCCCAACCCAGCCCCAACUCCCCUGAAUCUGCCACUUCCCCUGCCGUUGCCUCUCAACAUGCCCGGCAUGGGCAUGCCCAAUAUGCCCAACAUGAACAUGCACAUGCCCAACAUGCACAUGCCCAACAUGCACAUGCCCAACAUGCACAUGCCCAACAUGCACAUGCCCAACAUGAACAUGCCCAACAUGAACAUGCCCAACAUGAACAUGCCCAACAUGAAUAUGAAUAUGCCCAAUAUGAAUAUGCCUAAUAUGGGCAAUAUGUCCAAUAUGGCCAUGAGUGCUGCCAUGGCCAGUAUGACAGCUGCCACCAUGACUGCAGCCCUCACCAACAUGGCCCAGAUGUCAAACAUGCCCCAGAUGGCCCCCCUCCCCACUAUCACCAACAAGCCCCAGAUGGCCCCCCUCCCCACCAUCACCAACAAGCCCCCUCCUAGCCAGGUUCCCCAAACAACCCUUCCCCCCCUCAACCUGGACCACAUAGAGGAGGUGAAGAGGAAGGUGACUCAGCAGGCCAACAUCUACAGCAUCAAGGAGCUCACUGAGAAAUGUAAGAUGAUAGCGGCGAGUAAAGAGGAGAUGGCCAUAGCGAAGCCACACGUGUCUGAUGACGAAGAUGAGGACAGGAAGCCACGCGGCAAGAGCUUCCUCAGUUAACUUUUAUUUGGGGCGGAUCACAUGAGGCGAAAGGCUCCCCAUGGAAUCAUCACCGGGCGGACAGAAGUGCGGGUUGUUGUGGUUACAGAGAAGGAACAGCGUCAGAUACUGCCAGCCCCUUUUCCCUGGACAAUCAUUCCCCCCCCCCAGCCCCUCCCAUCAGUGCUCUAGUUGUCUGGGUUUCCACAUGCUUCCAAAGCCACGGUCGGAUUCCAAAGCUACAAAGUAAAAAUUGGCUACAUAAAUUAGCUUUUUGGUCUUCAUUUAGGAUUAGGCAUAAUGUUAAGGUUAGGAGUAUGUUUCAAAUAAAAUUUGAAGAAGAAAUUGUACAAAUGGUUGGGGUUUAGCCAUAAUUAUGACUUUGUGGCUAUGGAAGCUAGUGACGACCCAUUGGACAGAUUGGAGUGUACAGUGUGGUUACUCCUAGCUUCUACACGUUGGUCAGACAGCUGUCUGGACAAUGACUGAAGAUAAAUGAAAGAAGGAACACACUUUCAAAGUUUUGUCGACCCUUUCUAAUGUUAAACUUUUUGUGUUUAGUUUUUGUGUUCAGUGAUUAAAUUACCAGCUCACGGUUCCUUUAGUGACAUUUUAACCUGUGAGUGAACUGCUAGGACUACCCUUGGUGCGCACACACACAGAUGUCAGUAAUAUGAUGGUCAGCUGUUUUUGUAGUGAUGGGCAGACUGACCAGGUGUCUCCAUUGAGAAGACAAACUGAUCAGGGCUUUGGAGGAUCCACUCUUAAUGUUUUGUCACUUCUAGUAUUUCUCUAUGGUGUUUUUCUGUUAAAUACCUGAUGUAAUCUUUAGCUAUUUUAAUGACUUAAAAUACAUUUUAGGAUUUCCUUGGUCAGUAGGGUAUUAUUUGGCUGGCUUUGUACAUAAUGUAUUGAUGAUUAUUAAAGGAAACCAGAAAAUUA